UUCAGUAUUGGAAGCGGUGUUGGCGGAAAUGAUGGUUCUACAGGCUAUGAUGGCGGCAUUGGCAGUGGUGUUGCUCCGGGCGGCUACUCGAUAGGAGGAGGAGUGCGCCCAAGUGGAAGUUUUCCCGGAGAUGGAGGUCAGGGCGGGACUCUCAUUGGAGGUGGUAUACGGCCAAAGGAAGGACCCACAGUCGAGAGCUCCAUAGGAGAAGGAGUUCAACAUAGUGAUGCUUCCAUAGGAACUGGAGUUCGGCAAGUGAAGGAUUCCAUUGGUGACGGCGUGGGACAAGCUGAGACUUCAUUGCGUCAAAUUCGUUCUAUUGGUGAUGGUGUACAACACCAUACAGUUUCCCAGCAUGGAACAUCUAUUGGAACCGGCGUGCAUCACAACGGGCCCUCCAUUGGGACCGGCGUCCAUCAUAAUGGACACGCUAUUGGAAGCGGAGUAGUGGAACAAGCGCCUCCUGUUAACAAUCAAUUUCACCGUCACAAGACUCCGAUUGGAGAUGGUGUGAGACAUUCUGGAGUCGGAGGUGGUGUGACGGCUGAUGGGAGCUACGUUCGUCAGAGUGGACAUCAGAUUGGAACAGGCGCU